AUGGGACGCGGCUCGGCAGCAGCAGCGGGAGCACCGGUGACGACGGCGGCGGCGGCGGCGGCCACCCGCCGCAGGAGGCACCUCGACGGGCGCCGCUCGCAGCUCCGCACUCGCCGGGUGCAGCCGCCCCGCCGGGCCGGGCGAGGCGGCGCGGNGUGCUCGGCGAUGCGCGAGCUGGUGGAGCGGCUGAAGCGGCGCCUGGGGGCCGGGGCGGCGGGGCGGGGCCCGUGGGGCCCGCUGGGCUGCGGCCAGUGCGGGGGCUUCCUCUGCGAGCCGGUCUCGCUGCUGUGCGGCCACACCUUCUGCAAGGGGUGCGCGGAGCAGCGGCGGGGCUGGGCGCGGCAGCAGCGGCGGCAGCAGCAGCGGCGGCGGGGGGGAGAAGAAGAAGCAGCAGCAGCAGCCCCGGUGGCGGGGGCGUCCGGCGGCGUCUGCAGCCUCUGCCCGGGCGGCGAGAGCGCGCAGUCCCGGCUGCGGGUCAACGUCAUCCUGAGCCACCUGUUAGCCAAGGGCUUCCCCGAGCAGGUGCAGGCGGCGCGGCUCCGCCAGGAAGGGAACCUGCUGUGCCAGGAGGGGCAGCUGCAGGCGGCGCUGGAGAAGUACGACCGAGCCCUCCGCUUGGCUCCUUCUGAUCAUUUGCUGUAUCGCAACCGGUCGCAAAUCAAUUCCACUUUGAAAUGUUACGAGGAGGCCUUGCAAGAUGCCAAAAUGGCCUGCGAGCUCCAGCCUUAUUGGGUGAAGGGCCACGUGCGAAAGGGACACGCUCUGAGUCUGCUGGGGAAGACGGACGAAGCGUUUCGUGAGUUUCUGUUGUGUCUCGUCUUGGAGGGCAAGGACGAGAAGGCCGAAUCCGAGGGCCGGAAGGCGAACACGGACCAGGAAAAGCACUGUGAAGACCAGAACAUGACCAACUGUGACAACUCAGGAAACCCCCUCCCUAGCCAGGACGGAAGCCUGGAUGAGAACGGAGAUGUGGUCUCCCCCAUGGAGACCGUCGCUGGGAAGAAGAGCCCCCAGAAGCAAAAACGCCAGGCUGAAGUGGCUGCGGGUUCGGAUCUGCCUGCCAAAAUGGCCAAAAUGGAUCAAAGUGAUGAGCAAGAAGAAUCCAGUUCUGAAAAUCGCGUUGCCUUUGAUUGUGUGGAUCCAGCUGAUAUGGAAUGUUCCCUGUGCAUGAGGCUCUUCUAUGAACCUGUCACCACCCCCUGUGGACACACCUUUUGCCUAAGAUGCCUUGAACGAUGCCUGGAUUAUAACCCUGAGUGCCCCUUGUGCAAAGAAGACCUCUUGGAGUGCCUGGCCAUGAAGAAACUUCGCAAGACGGUGUUGAUGGAGGAAUUAAUCGCCAAGUAUCUUCCGGCGGAGCUUGCCGAAAGGAAAAAGCUUUACGAGGAAGAAAUGGCUGAAUUUUCCAAUUUGAAUAAGAACGUCCCCAUAUUUGUCUGCACGAUGGCCUACCCCACCGUUCCUUGCCCUCUGCAUAUUUUUGAGCCCUGUUACCGACUGAUGGUUCGGAGAUGUAUGGAGACAGGCACCCGUCAGUUUGGCAUGUGCAUUAGAGACCCCGUCAAAGGGUUUGCAGAUUACGGCUGUAUCCUAGAGAUAAGGAACGUGGAGGUCUUCAAGGACGGGCGAUCCGUGGUGGACAGCAUAGGCAAGAGGCGGUUUCAGGUGAUACGGCACAGCAAGUGUGAUGGCUACAACACGGCGGACAUUGAAUAUAUUGAGGACAAGAAGGUCCACGGAGAGGCCUCUGAACACCUGGCUGUCCUCCACAGCGCCGUGUACGACCAGGCCCGCACCUGGUUCAACACGCUGAAAUCCCCACUCAAGAUUCGUAUCAUCCAUCACUUCGGCCCAAUGCCUAUUAAAGAACCAGACCCACAGGUGAACCCCGACGGUCCGGCUUGGUGCUGGUGGAUACUGGCCGUCCUUCCUCUGGAGAACAAAGCUCAACUUCCUUUCCUAGCGAUGACAUCCUUGAAAGCUCGUCUAAAAGGCAUCAGGAGCAUUUUAACCUUCCUCUUCCUCACUCAGUCAAAGUGAACGGGGGGGGGGUGAAUUCCCUUGCAUCCGAGGCCU